AUGGCAGCCUCCAUGAAAACUGUUAUCGCGUGCAUAAAUCCCGGAAAAGUGGGGAGCAGGCGGCUUGCGGUACAAACAGCAAAGAUUGAUAAAUUUAUCGACAUAUUUACGAAAGCGAACACACUUGCCAAGUUAAACUAUACCCCUGAAUCGCUUACCUCAAUAAGAAUCCAGUACGUAAUGUGACGAUGUACGAAAAGCUGUCGUUCUUGCCGGAGCCAACACUAGUCCAAAUAAUUCCACACGCCGUGAGGACAAAGGGUUAUCUGGUCAGCCUGUUGUCUGGUUUGUCUGACCAGGCCUCUCUUGUGGUCUUCCUGCAGGGCUUGAUACACCACAGUCUAUUGGCUGACCACAUGCAGGAGAUCAGUCGCCUGUCCCAGAGUGGAUCUAGCAGUGUGCGAAUCCUUGUCCAUCAACUGAAGGAUGACAGUAAAAAGUACUCGGGUCAAAAGGAGAUGCGGUCCGUAUCCAGCCAGAAGGAAGGGACAGUGACCAUUAUCACUGUUGGCAACCCAGCCUACCCCAGUAAUGUCGUUGGUGUGAGACAGCAACAACAGCAGCAGCAGCAACAACAACAACAACAAGUCCCACACAGCAACACAUCCAGUCAGCUUAGUCUCACACCAUCAUCAAGAACGAGUAUCGCCAACUCGAGAUCACUGAGUGACCGAUUUGUCAGCCCGACAUCAACCCUGGAUAGAGCAUCUUUUAACAGCGCACUCACACUGAACAGCAGUUCAGGACUUCCGCCUGAGCCACUUCGAGAUGGUGUUCAGCACUUCUGCGAGAAACACAUGGACACAAUCAGGAAGUUUAUCAGCAGUCUUUCCGCUAGGAUUCCCCUACCAGCCAAAUGCAGCAUUGUGGACGGCAGACAUAAGCGCUAUUUUCGUCUCAAUUUCCAGUGUGGAAUAAAGGGCACAAAUUGUUUAUAUGGGAAGCAGUUAGCAACACUGUUUGAUAUCCUAUCUGCCCAGUCAGCCUCGGCGUUAAGCCAGGAUUUAAGUGUGAGCAGCCUUAAACAUUGCUGGGAUGCGCUCUACCCGGAGAAAGGAAACAGUGGCUAUAUCACACUUGUCACCUCAUCCUUCCCAUCAGCAAAGGUAACAUCCCUAAUGAUCAUGUAUUGGCGGACCAGGAUGCCUUGCUUCAGGAGCUCCUAUGGUGACCGAUACUUUGAUGUGUUCGAGUUUAACGCCCCUCGCAAGUACUGGGCCUGCUUCAUGUGUAACCACCCGGAGAAAAUGUCUGAGCUGAUGCCUGAUGGAAGUCCAGUCAUUGCUGGUCAGUUGAAGGAGAAGAAAGGGCGCUGGAAGUUUCUGAAGCGGUGGAAGACCCGAUACUUUACUCUCUCCGGCAGCCAGAUAACUUACAGCAAAAGUGAUUCGAGAAAAGAAACGUUACCAGUGCGAGAAAUACAGAGUGUGAAAGCUGUUCGCAAAGGCAUUCGUGAUAUUCCUAAGGCGUUUGAAAUCUUCACAACAGACCAGAACUAUGUGUUUAAGGCAAAAGGCCAACAAAACAUUGAGCCCUGGGUACAGUGCAUCCAUCUAGCUGUGGCCAAGGCUCAGAAUGACGGAGAGUGUACUGUUGUGGAAACGUCACCAUACCAACCAUUCCAACCAGACCUCGAUCUGCUGUACGCGAUACAAAGUUAUAGCAUUUGUGACACAGUGCACACGCUGUGA